UUCACACUACAACUCCCAUGAUUCCGUGCAGUGAUCUUCGCAAUCUUCCUUUAAUCGCAUCAUCCAGGAGCUUCUGGAUCGCUGGGAUAAAGCAGGAGGAUUGAAGCUGAUUUUGUUUACAUGAUUUUUGGCUUUUCUUGAAAGCUGAAAGGUGGAACAGCGAUGAAAAUGGACUUAAAUGCCAUCAUAGAGAAGAUGGAAACGGGCGACCAGGACGCCGCACUGACAGCUUUACAGACCUAUAAUAAAGAGAAAUCACAGUGUUUUUUGUUUACCCCUGGGGAAGAGGAAGACAGAGAGGAUGGACAUUUGAAUGAGCGUCUGGGUGAGUUAGUGUUGGGCUUCCUGGAGAGAGACCUCCAGCCGUCCUGUCAGCUGGCCUGUCUGGAAACCAUCCGCAUCCUGUCCCGUGACAAGAAGAGCUUGGCUCCCUUCGCCACCCGCCACGCCAUGCAGAUCCUGAUCCGACUCGCCGGCCUCGGGCAGGGUGAGGGCGUCACGCCUGAGAUCCCGGACCUGGAGGUGAUCGUGGAGGCCCUGAAGUGCUUGUGCAACAUCGUGUUCAACAGCGGUUCUGCACAGGAGGCGGGGGCGGAGCUCCAGCUGAUCGUGGGAUUGGCCGAGAGGCUUAAGCAAUGCCGCGAGCCGCAGUGGAACCACGAGGUGCGAUUCUUCGACCUGCGCCUCACGUUUUUGAUCACGGCCCUGCGCGUGGACGUGAGAGCCCAACUGGCACGCGAGCUGCGGGGUGUUAGCCUGCUGUCGGAGGCUCUGGAUGCCACGCUUGGCCUCUGCUGGCCCGACAUGUACGAGGUGGCCCGUGCGGGAUUCGACGGCUGCUCAGAGCUGCCCCUGCUGGGCAGGCAGGAGACCGAGCGAGCCAUGGAGAUCCUGAAGAUCCUCUUUAACGUCACUUUUGAUUCCAACCGCCGCACGGUGGACGAGGAAGAAGCAGCCACUUACAGACACCUGGGAGCCAUACUGAGACACUGCAUCAUGAGCAGCUCAGAGGGAGAGGAGCGCACAGAAGAGAUGCACAGCCACACGGUGAACCUGCUGGGAAACCUGCCGCUUCCGUGUCUUGACGUUUUGCUGAUGCCUAAAGUCCAGCAGGGCUCUAUCGAGUACAUGGGCGUCAACAUGGACGCUGUUAUGGUGCUGCUGGAGUUUAUGGAGAAAAGACUCGACCGGGGAAACAAGCUAAAGGAAACCCUGCUGCCCUCAUUAAAUCUACUAACCGAGAGCUCUCGCAUCCACAGAGAGACCAGGAAGUUUUUACGAAUGAAGGUGCUUCCCCCAUUACGAGAUGUCAAAAACAGACCUGAGGUCGGUAACGCUUUACGGAACAAGAUAGUGCGUCUAAUGACGCACAUAGACACGGACGUGAAGCACUGUGCAGCCGAGUUCCUGUUUGUCCUGUGCAAGGAGAGUGUUUCCAGGUUUAUUAAGUACACGGGUUACGGUAACGCGGCGGGACUCCUGGCCGCUCGAGGGCUGAUGAGAGGUGGUCGAGAUCCUGGACUUUACUCUGAAGAUGAGGACAGCGAUACUGAGGAGUACAGAGAGGCAAAACCUCAUAUCAAUCCAGUGACUGGCCGUGUGGAGGAGGAGCAGCCCAACCCUAUGGAGGGAAUGACCGAAGAACAGAAGGAAUACGAAGCCAUGAAACUGGUCAACAUGUUCGACAAACUCUCUAGGGAGCAGGUGAUCCAGCCGAUGAAAAUUGGAGCCGAUGGUAAAAUGACUUCAGUGGAACCACAAGAGCUUCGUUUUUUAGCCCGCCAACAGUUCGGAGAGUCCAAUAAUUCUGACAGUGACAGCGACUCGAACUAAUCCGAGUCUUUUAACAGGACGGAUAGAAUCACUUAUCAAAUUGUAAUCAAAAACGAACGUUUUUGAUGAAUUAUAUUAUGGAAUUGAAUCUUUUGACACUUUAGGAUUUAAAUGCUUGGUUUUUACUCUUAAGGAAAACAUCUGGUGAAUGUUAUUUUGACAUUUCAUUUGAGGUUUAUUGUGUUGGCCUGUCUUUAGGUAAUAUUUUCUGUACAAUGACAGUGAAAACAUGGUUUGUUUACACAGUGUUAGUUUACUAAUAUUACAGAAUUAAUUGAAUGGAACUCUAACUUGUUACACAUCACGGGAGCACAGAUAUUAGUUUUCAUUUAAAAUGUCAAUGUGAAAAAUGAUGAGAUUGAUGGAGCACUGAUAUUUAUUUAUUUAUUUGGUUUUAGUAUGAGCUGAGCAGGAGCAUUUUUAAAGUUAUGAUACAUAGAUAGUUUAUUAUAUUUUAUGAGGAAAAAAACGGUUCAACUUUUUUGGGACAUGAGCAUAUAAAGCCCUCCUGUAAUCAACUUUUAAUUUGUUCUUUGUGGUAAAGGGAUGAAUUGCUGUAUAUUGUUAUUGGUGGCCUGUGUAGUUGUGUAUGAAAGACUGAAGGGAAUGUUGUAUGAUUUGUAUCACAUGUUAAAAGAAAUUUAUUGUGAGACGAUAAUAAAAGAGCUGAAUUUGU